CCGAGCCAUUCCCGGCCUCUGCCCGAGCCAUUCCCGGCCUCUGCCCGCAGCCCCCAGCGGGAGCCGCCCCGCCCCGCCAUGCCCCCCAAGAAGCAGCAGCAGCCGGCGGGGGGCAGCAAGAAGGCGGACCAGAAGAAGAAGGAGAAGAUCAUCGAGGACAAAACAUUUGGCCUAAAGAAUAAAAAAGGUGCAAAGCAGCAGAAGUUUAUCAAGGCUGUGACUCACCAGGUGAAGUUUGGUCAGCAAAAUCCCCGUCAGGCUGCUCAAACAGAAAGUGAGAAGAAAUUAAAAAAAGAAGACAAGAAGAAGGAAUUACAAGAAUUAAAUGAGCUCUUCAAGCCUGUGGUUGCUGCACAGAAAAUUAGCAAAGGUGCUGACCCCAAAUCUGUAGUCUGUGCUUUCUUCAAGCAAGGACAGUGCACUAAAGGAGACAAGUGCAAGUUUUCUCAUGAUUUGUCUUUGGAAAGGAAGUGUGAAAAACGGAGUGUCUACAUUGAUGCAAGAGAUGAAGACCUUGAAAAAGAUACAAUGGACAACUGGGAUGAGAAGAAGCUGGAAGAAGUGGUGAACAAGAAGCAUGGUGAGGCGGAAAAGAAAAAACCCAAAACCCAAAUAGUCUGCAAAUAUUUCCUUGAUGCUAUUGAAAACAACAAAUACGGGUGGUUUUGGGUCUGUCCAGGAGGAGGAGACAACUGUAUGUAUCGCCAUGCUCUGCCUCCAGGCUUUGUAUUAAAGAAAGACAAAAAGAAGGAGGAAAAGCAAGAUGAAAUUUCCUUAGAAGACCUAAUAGAAAAAGAGCGUGCUGCCUUAGGACCAAAUGUUACCAAAAUUACUCUAGAGUGUUUUAUUGCAUGGAAGAGAAGAAAAAGACAAGAAAAAAUUGAUAAGGCUGAGCAAGAUAUGGAGAGGAGGAAAGCAGAUUUUAAAGCUGGCAAAGCAUUGGUGAUUAGUGGACGUGAAGUAUUCGAGUUCCGGCCAGAGCUGGUUGAUGCAGACGAUGAAGAAGCAGAUGACACCCAUUAUGUCCAAGGAGCAGGAGAUGAAGAUGAGAUGGAAGACCCUGUGUGCAUAAAUGAUGUGGAUUUGAACCUGUAUGUCCCCAAGGCAGUGGAGGAGACUGGUAUUACAGUGGCUAGUCCUGAGCGAUUCAGCACGUACACUUCAGUAGAAAAAGAUGCUUGUAACUUCUUAGAGCAAAGUCCUGGUCUUGGUGCACUUGUGGAAUGCAUGCCCCAAUCUUUAAGAGCAAGUGUCUUCCAAGUGCAGACAUUGGAUAAUAAAUUAAGUGAAGCUUCUGGUGGUGAUAUAAACAGCAGCGAGCAAAAUGAUUUAGAGGAAGAUAAUGAUGGAGAUGGGGAACUGGAAAAUGGAGUAAUUGAUGCUGUUCCAGUUGAUGAAAAUCUGUUUACUGGAGAGGACUUGGAUGAACUAGAAGAAGAACUAAACACUCUUGAUUUAGAAGAAUGAACUAAAAAGCUCAAGUGAGGAAUUAAAUCUAUGUGACAAAGUGAAAACUGACUACUUUUUUUCUCCUUUUUGAAUAGAAUUCUUAAACAAGAUGUUUUUGGUUAUGCAGCUGAAUAUGAUGGGCACGUGGUAUCCCAGGAAUGUUUUCCUUCAAUCUCAUCUACUCCAGUCUUGACUAUGCUCACAGUAAAACUUUCAGAGUAGGUCAGAAUUACUCGACAGCUGAAUUUGCAGACAGUGAGAUUAGAACUGUCAACUAAAGUAAGAAGUGUAACUGCUUUGCCAGUAUGCAAGUGGGCAAUUUGACACCAGGUACAGUAUAAAAAUCCAAGUAUUCAUUCUUCACAGAAAUUGCAUUUUUAUUAGUGAUUGGUGUUGAUUUAGAAACUGCCUGAAGUGGUUUUUAGGCAGGACACUCUAAUGGAGCUGAUGCAGAUUACGCUUCUUUAAGUGGUGAUUAGCUUUACUUGAUCAGCUGGAUACUGAAGAUUGUCAACUGAUAGAUCAUACAAUACAACGUGGUGCCCUCUGUUUAAAACAUUUUAAACUUUCUCACCACCUUUUGCCAAUAAAUCUGUAAAUAAAAACUAUCAACUUUAAAGUACCUGUGUUGAUUUUUCUCUGCUGAGUUAGGAUAUCAAACCAAACCAUUAAGAACUGAAUUUUCUAAUAGAGUGGUAAAUGUUUUUCUCUGCAGUCUUGAUACAGAAGUGAUGAUGUUGGCUUCAGUUAAAUUUGGACUACCUGUAAUUACAAUUUUUUUGCCAACACUUGAUGCAGUGUAAAAUUCAGCAGCCAGCUUUUCUCCCUUCCUGUUCUUACUCCCUGCCCACCCUUGAACUGAUGUCAUACCUGCUGUGCAUCACUCCCUGCCAUUCCAGCCUCCUCCUUUCCCCACUGUCUUUUGCAGACUAGUGAAGACUCCAGGCUCUGCAGAGCAGGGAUGUUGAGGUCCAGGCAAUGCCUGGCUUGCCUUUGGAGUGCUGGAAAUAGCAGGAGGUUGUGCAGGGCUGAGUUACCUGAGGGCAGAGCAGUGCUGUCAGGCUGCCAUCCAGUCAGUGUGUCCUUUCCCAAAGGAUUGAGGCCUUGCCAUAAAGGUUUCUCAGUGGUGGUGCUUUCACAGGCUGUAUCUCCUUGCCUAAAUACCAGUAAUACCUGCAACAAUAUUACUGUACUAAAGAUUUGUAUCAAUUUUUCUAAAGCUUUUAAAGUACUACUUAAAGACCAUUAGAAGUCGAGGUGUUGUUAGUGAGCUCUCCCAAACUGCUUUUGGGUGGGAAUAUUGGCUUUAUAAUGGUUAUUUCUGGCACUGCUGAAUUGACUCUUGUACCCUGAAUGCUAUUUCUAAAUUAGCUGACUUAGACUUUUUUUUUGCCCUUUUUGGGAUCUUUGUGGAAUUCGUUUUCUCCUGUAGGAACAAGCAGCAGUACUUGGCAGAAAGAGGCCUGCAGAACUUGACUUCUAAAUGUAAGUGUUUAAGGAAAAGCUACAAUAUCAGAUGGAAAUAUUUAUUUAUGCAGAUUUUUUCUCCCCAUGGCCAUGAAUAAACAGUGUUGACAGAUUGUUGUAUUAUACUGGCCAGCAAUAAGAUGCCUGGCUAUCAGGACACUUAAGAAUGCAAUUCAUUUGAAUGUAUGUUGCAUAAUUUUUCAAAGUUGUAUAUUUUAAAUGGGAAUAAAAAUAAUUUAAUCA